AAUAAACUGAUUGUCGUAUCAGUUCAAUUCCAUUUAUCAAACGAGAUAGGAAUGGACAAUAUUUAAACCUUGCACAGGGAAAAUGUAUUGAGGGAAAUCAGUAGAGAAAACAUCAUGGGCUAUGAAUUAACGCGUUUCGUUGGCGAAAUUGAUCCUGACUUUCUUUGCCAAAUGUGUAAAUUGGUUCUGGAGAAUCCGGUACAAAUACCUUGCGACCAUUUGUUUUGUUACGAUUGCAUAAAGCAUCGAAUUGCAACUGAUAGGACAUGCCCCGUUGACCUGACCCCUAUAAAGCUCUGUGGUGAAGUACAAGUAUUUAAAGCUCCAUGCUUGGCUUUUCGCAAUCUUUUGUAUAAACUGAACAUCAUGUGUGACUUUCAAACUCUAGGAUGCUCGAAGAUUAUGAAAUUGGAAGGUCUGGCUGAACAUGUGAAGAACUGUGAGUACAAUUGUGACUCAGAAAUUAUUUGCGACAAAGGAUGCAACUUGACAGUGACUCGACGGGCGUAUUUAACUAGCAGUUGUUCGAUACAUAUGAAGAGAGAAAUUGAGAACCUGCAGCAUCGGGUCAGUUUUCAGAGAAAACGUUUCGAAGGCUUGGCCAAUUGCCUUUAUGAACGCAUUAAGAAACUGAAUGACGAAAUAAACUGUAAUCGCAUCCAGAAACAGCAACUGGAAAAUGUAAUUAGGCGUCAGCACCAAGAACUUUCGGCUUUGAAAAGUAGAAACUUAGCAAACACUCAACCAAAAUGGCAGAUGUGCCACAACAUGAACAUCGACGAGAGCAAUAAUUUAAAAAUCGACGAUCAUAACUUGUCCACAUUCGCGUUCGUUCAGUCUUAUCAUCCAUUGAAACCAGAAAGGCCUCACUUCCAAAUACAAUUAUCCACCGCAGCGAACUCAUCCGCUCAGAAAGGUGUUUGGAUUGGAUUGACUCGGAAAGGACAUUCGAUUGUUCGCAAUCCCGAAGCACGAUCUUUUGCUUGCAUCUGGAACGGACGCAUACAAUUGGAUAAUGACUGUGUCGCAAUGGGACCGAGAUGGGAAGAUGGAGAUGUCAUUAAACUUGGAUUUACAUUUCCGAACAACUUUAUGAUGACCGCCGGCAAUAACAGUGCUGUAGUGUGUCUAUACAGGAAUGAGAAAAGGUUUUUCGAAAGACUUGUUGAGAUACCUAAAGAUGGAUUUUUUCCAACUAUUUGUAUUUAUGGUAAGGACUCCAAGGUCACAUACAUCUACCAUUAAAUGUGAUGUAAAGCGG